AUGACUAAACUCUCUGAUGUCCAUGAUUAUGGAAGCUCCAAGACUAAAUCUAGAAACGGUGGCCUUAGUGGAUACUUGGCAAGCAAGUCGCCGUCGGUCCCAAAUCUUACACAGACCUUUACAACACGAUCGAUGAAAGAAACCUCGCCUGAAAGAGCGGGUUAUCAACAAUUUGGGUCGCCCUUGGUUGAGGAACCCACUAACCUCAGUGUGAUCGACCUCUAUGGCGAUGAGGACGACGAGGACGCCGAUGAUGACGAGGACGCCGAUGAUGACGAGGCAGAGGGAUCUCAGAGCACAUCUGGCGUGAUAGCAGACCUGCCUGUGAGUUCGACCGAAUCUCCCUCUCUGGAAGCACCCAACGCGUUCGGGGCGGCCAAGGAUCUGUCUCAGUACGAUCGAUAUGGCUUCAAAAAGCAAACAGCUCAUGUCAGUCAAGAAGAGUACCAUAUGUGGUGGGAUCAAUACUCCAGAUAUUGCAUUCGCCGGAAACGCAAGUGGCAGGAUCUUCUGGAGAAAAGUGGACUGGCCCCAAGUAAUGACGUUCCUGACCGCUUCCCUCCUCGAAGCGAGAAGUUAAAAAGAUACGUAAGAAAGGGAAUCCCAGCAGAAUGGAGAGGCCAGGCGUGGUGGUAUUUCGCUCGAGGGCAGGAAAAGCUCAAUAAGAACGCUGGCGUGUACGACAAGUUGUUGGAGGGACUGAAUAACAAGAAAGAUAAGAAUAACUGUAAAGACUUAGAGGUAAUUGAGAGAGAUUUGCAUAGAACAUUUCCAGAAAACAUUCAUUUUCAAAAGGACCCCAAGGAGGGCCAAGAGCCGCUCAUGAUUCAGUCAUUGCGCAGAGUGCUGUUGGCAUUCUCGGUUUAUAAUCCUAAGAUUGGCUACUGCCAGUCCAUGAAUUUCCUUGCAGGACUGUUAUUGCUAUUCCUGGAUGAGGAAAAGUCUUUUUGGAUGUUGGUGAUUAUAACAUCUAGAUACCUGCCUGGUGUCCACAACGUGAACCUAGAAGGUGUCAACGUUGACCAGGGUGUGCUCAUGCUGUGUGUCAAGGAAUACUUGCCCGAUUUCUGGCAAAGAAUAAUCCCAAAGGAACAAAGCCGAAGCAACGAGUUUCUGUACAAGCUCCCUCCUAUUACUCUCUGCACGGCGAGUUGGUUUAUGAGCUGUUUUGUCGGCGUCGUUCCAAUUGAGACAACAUUGCGUAUUUGGGAUUGUCUCUUCUAUGAGGAAUCGCAUGUCCUUUUCAAAAUAUCGCUUUCCAUAAUCAAAAUUUGUGAGCAAGAAUUGGCGGGCAGUCGCCUUGCUCACCGCGGGCUGCGGGCCAGGACACAUGGUAGGGACGAUGAUGAUAUAGAAGUAUUUCAAGUCAUUCAGACCGUACCGAAGAAGCUUCUUGACCCCCAGGACAUCUUCGACCGGAUCAUAUUCAAAAGGCGAGUCCCGCUUAACAACCUUAACCAAGAGGAGAUUGACCGCUGCCGGAAGUACGUCACAUCUCAGAGAUUGAAGUUCAAAAACUGCGCAGAAAUUAUGGGCGACAGAACAAGCGCCAAAGCAAGUGCAAAGAGGGAUUUGGAAAUAGGGCCAGAUUUUGUAAACAACGCUUUGUCAUCGGAAGUUUACGGUUUUAGAAGAAGUCUUACGGGCGCCCACUGGAACAAUAGCAUAAAGGAAAAGGUGCGGCAGAUACGAAGGAAAUAA